UCAUACUUAUUGUUGUCUUUUUAUACUCCAUUUUUUGACUCUCCAAAUUGAUUUUUGGUUUUGUGGUUUAUCCAAACCAAACCGAAUGAUUAAAGGACUUAUCAGUUAAUCAAUAACCAAUAAUACCCUUUAUGGUUUUGAUUAAGAUUUUUGGAAAUUUUCCUGAUUUGGUUUUUGAUUUUCGGUUGAUGGUUUAGUUAACCAAACUGACAACCCUUAUUACCCCACUUAAUCCGGAGUGGAGAAAAUUUAUACCACGGAUAAAGGUUAAUAUGAUCUAAGGGAGGCAAAUGUCUUAUGGCAUACCUUAAUCUCUUCGGUUAUAGAUUUUUAGCACCAUGAUGGUGCCUUUAUAGUUUGUCUCUUUGUAUUAAAAUUUUAGUGUUGUGAAGUUAUGGUCGUGCACCUCAUCAACAUAUGGCGGAAAGCAAGUCUGGAGUUCAUAUCUUAAAUGAUUUAUUUAAUCAAGUCAAAGAAUCUCUGAGGAUAUGCAACUGACUUGAUCGGCUGGUAUGGUACUGAAACUAUUUUCUUCAUUUUAUUUCGAUAAAUUCUAUUACGGCAUUACCGAUGCUCAUAUCAAAAUUACUUGCCCUUAGUGAGGUUGUGUGAUGGUAUGUUACUCAUAGUGUAUUAUUUGUUACAUAUUGCUGUGUUUCUCACCUGGCCAACAUGGAUCCUACAUGGAGGAAGCCUUCCCAGAGCAGGAGCCACUUACAGGGAAGGUUUUUCUCUCUUCCCAACGUUCGUGUCAGUUUCGUGUCUUUUUGUUAUUUGGAGCUUUCAUAGAGUGGUCCACCUUGAAACAUAACAGACUUUUCCAUCGGGAAUCCAGUUGCAUACGAAUCACCGUUCUUUAUCAUUAUAUGUUUUGUAUUUUGUUGUCCGACCAUUCUCUAUGGGCUUAUCUUGAAUAAAAAAAACUUAAUUUAGCAAAUUAUGUUGAACAAAAUAUUUAAUCAUACAGUUCAGUACAUGACGUGUUUGUAUAUCUUUUAACAAAAUACGAAUGUUUGUCAAUAUCAGUACUUGAUAAGAGUAUUUUAGUCACCACAUUGGCUAUAAUUAUCCUAAGAAUUAGAGUUUGCAAGUUAACUAACUUAAUUAAUAUUAUGCGAAAUAAGUGGACUUAAGAAGCAAAAUUAAGAAAAUCCAAUCACUAAUGGACUUUUCAGCCCAGGUAAUCCUAACGGGAAAAUAAAUUACAAAAUUCUAUACACUAUUGGACCCGUGUCUUUUCUUCGUGAGAUUUAUCAUGACAGUUGACACCCACUCAACCUCAGUAAAUUGUUUAGUCACUUUUUUCUAUCAACUUAGGCGUGGUUUGGAUAGAUCAAUAUAGAAAUUAGAUAAUUUGACCAAUUGUUUCAUUUUAUAAACGAGGCAAUUACAAUGAGGUCAUUCGGAUUACCUGCUCCUCCCCAGAGAAUUGAUAUGGACUCAAAACAGAUCAAUUCAAAAUAGCUCAGACAAAUUGAUCCAUCCAAAUUUUUUGCUUGCAAAUUAGUCAAUUUGUUCCUAUUGUCUCAAAACGACACAAUUGUGUCAAAUUGAUUCUUUACAAUUUCUCAUCCAAACGACCAUUAAAUUUUUGAAAUUCGCCCCUCUUGCUUUAUGAUAUUUUUGGUGUGCUUCAGUGGAUUUGUGGUAUGCUUUGUUUGAGUUCUGGUGUGUUUUAAAAAACUUGUGGUUUGCUUAAUAAACUUUUCAUAUGCUUUGUAAGGUUUCUGGUGUGCUUUAGUGGAGUUGUGGUUUGCUUUGUCAUGGUUUUGGUGUGUUUUAUAAUACUUGUUGUUUGCUUAAAUAAACUUGUGGGUUCUUUAAUAAAGUUUAGGUAUGCUUUAUGAUGUUUCUGGUGUGUUUUAAUGGACUUGUGGUAUGUUUUGUCAGGGUUUUGGUGUGUUUUAGAAAAUUUGUGGUGUGCUUUAUGGAGUUUGUGAUAUGGUCAGUUGUGGUGUGCUUGUGAUAUAGUUAAUUGUUGUUUGCUUUAGUACUUGAAAUUAAUUUAUUAGUUAUAACUCCUAAAAAAUUUGAUGAAAAAUUAUAUUUUAGUACCUAAGUAUUUUUCUUCUUACAUUUUGGUACAUGAACUUCUAAAAAUUUACAAAUAGGUCCACUUUUAAGAAACUUGUAUUGUGUUUUAUGAGACUUGUGGUAUGUUUAAUAAAUUUCUGGUCUAGACUUGUGGUCUGUUUAAUUAUGUUGUCGUCUACAUUUUGUGGAGUGGAUUUUGUGGUUCCCCACCUCUUUCCCAUUUAAUUCACAAGGCACACGUGACGUAAAUCCCUCUUCCCCCAAUUUUUCAAAAUACCUAGCGUGUCCCUCCUUUCUUUCUCUUCAUUAAUCUUGGUCAACUCAUUAAAAUUAAAAAGUCAUCCAAACGAAAUGCUUUUAUUAGCUGUAGAUAGUGUUAACUUAAUGUUAACAAAAAACUGUUAGCACACUAGCACCUCCUCUCUUAGUAUAAUGUUACCAUAAUGCUAAUAGAAAAGUGUUAGCACACUGGUCCCUCCCUCUUAGUCCUUACCUAGCUUCCACACUAGUAAAUUACAAAGUGUAAGAUUAUAUCUAUGGGUUACGAUUUACGAACUUAAGAUAGCUAAUAAUCAAAUAUGUCCUUCUUUCGCAAAAAAUAAAAGGUUAACCAAGAGAUUAUGAGUUAGAUUCCUUUACGUACCCGAACCUAUUAAAAAGAAAUUUAUCACAUACAGAUCGUUUGGUACCAAAUGAAUCAAGAAUUCAUUUUAUUUUAAAAUGAAUUACUCUAUAGAAUUCAUUAUCAAAUGAAAUCUUUUGUUUGGUAUGUCAUAUUCAAAUCCUUAGAAACAAAAUGAAUUGUCAUGCAAAAUUUAUUGUGAAAUGAAUUUCUGUGUUUGGUAUGUCAUAUGUAUAAGUAAUUUAGUUAUUAAAAAGGAUAAUUAUAUCAUUCUAUUGUAAUUAAUAAAUACUUGUGGAAUUUAUUUUCCAAUUCCAUAGAAUUCAAAAUUUAGAAUUGAAAAUAAAUUCUUCUGAAUACCAAACACAAAAAUAUUUCAUUUCAAAAUGAAUUUCACAAAACAAAACUUAUUAAAUUCAUUUAUACCAAAUCCCACUUAGCUAUACAUCAAGAAGAGCAGCCAAAUAACCAAAUCUUAAUACAGUCCAUCCAAUUUUAAUAUAUGAGCCAAGUGCCCAAGUGCCAAGUCCCACCCUCCUCCCACAAUGUAGUUUCAGUUCUAAUAUAAUCAAUCAUUACCCCUUUAGAAAUCAUAUAAUAAUAAACAUUUUAUUGAUAGAAUAAAAGAAAAAAAAAUCUAUACAUUAAUACACUAGGAGUCUUCGACCCUUGCCUUCAAAUUCCCUCCCUUUUCCAGAUCCCGCUUAUAAAUACAACCUGCCAUUUCAAUUCAAACUCGUCAAACCAUUCCAUCAUUCAAACUUGCCUCUGCAAAUACACCCACAAAAGAAGAAUCCCUCCUCUCCUCCUCAAAUUACCCUCUGAUCAGCCAUGGGGAAAACCUUGUACCAAUGUUCCAUUCUUCUCACACUCCUUGCCUGCCACGGAAUCCUGCUGACCACAGAAUGCAGGCAACUCCGUUCCAUCACAAACCCACCACCGCCGGCAUCCCCAAUUUCAGACACUUCCGGUGAUCAAGACGCAGGAUCGAAGGAAGACUUCCGUCCGACGGCGCCCGGCGUCAGCCCUGGCGUCGGACAUCCCGAAACCGGAAGUAGCAAUGCAUCUGAUUCGAACGGUAAAGAUGAUUUCCGGCCAACGGCGCCAGGGUUUAGCCCCGGGGUCGGCCAUGCAGUCGGGUUGCGGAACAGAGCAGCUUUUGGUGACGAAACAGGGGAGCUUAUAGCGACCAAAAACUACAAUAACGACGGUUUCAGGCCCACCGCCCCUGGGUUCAGCCCGCGAGCAGGGCACGCCGCGUUGACCGAUGACGUGGACGCCUUCAGGCCGACGAAGCCCGGACAAAGCCCUGGAGUCGGCCAUGCAGCCGAGCUCGAGAGCAGUGAUGUUGAUCAAAAGGGUUACUCUGUUUCAGGAGAAGCGCAGGAUUUCAAGCCCACUCAGCCUGGACAUAGUCCUGGAGUUGGGCAUAAGAACUAGAGAAAAUGAAAAUAUUGUCAUUGAUCACUAUGCAUAUUUGGGGUAAUUUGGAUGACUAGUUAAUCAUUCAUGUAUAGAAAUUUGGAUCCUGAAUGAUAUUCAAUCUAGUUUUUUUCUUCUUUUUCGCGUUGAUAGUUUAAAUUGAUUUCUAUUAUGAUACGAUAGUGUUUAAGGUAAAAAGGGGAGAUAUAGCUAGCCCCUAGUCCUGAUUCCUGAUGCAUAUUGUAUUAUAUCUAUGUAUUAAUUCUAGUUUUCAUGUCCCUAUUUGAAAAUAAAAAUUAUACUUGGCA